AUGAGUGUCACUGCUUGUGAGGAGCAGUGUGAAGAGAAGCUUAAAGCGAAUAUUGACGAGGCGUUCAUGCUGGUCGAUUUGGAUGUUGUUUUCGAGAGAUUUCUCCUGUGGAAGCGUGAAAUGCCUAUGAUCGAGGUGAUGGACAUGGGCGUGAGGCCUGAAAAAAUCAUCUACGCCAAUCCGUGUAAGACUCGGUCGUUCAUCACCCACGCAAAGGAGAGGAACGUUAGCAUGAUGACAUUUGAUAGUGUCGAAGAGUUGGCGAAAAUCGCUCAUCUGCAUCCUGAUGCCAAUUUCCACGUGGGAUCUGGCUGCAACGAUCCUUCAGCCUUUCGUGAGGCUUUGACUCAUGCUCGUCAUUUGAUCGAGCUCGGACGGGGCUUGGGAUUCGAUAUGAAUCUGGUCGAUUUGGGUGGAGGUUACCCGGGAACACUUCAGCAGACAUCAUUUGAAGAUAUUGCCGCCGUCAUUCGUUCAGCUGUGGAUGAGUUUCUUCCUCCUGGAGUACGGUUCUUCGCUGCUGCUCCCUUCACACUCGUUUGCAACAUUAUCCACGCCACAGAGGUGUCAGCUGAGAAAAUAACUAAACGUCCUGAGGAUGCUGACCAUCGCGGGUUCAUGUACUACGUGAAUGAUGGAGUGUACGGCUCCUUCAAUUGCAUACUAUUCGAUCACGUCGAUCCUGUUGGAACACCCAUUUUUGACCAAAAGAUGAUGCGAAUGAUGUCUGUUGGAGAGUGGAUUGUCUAUCAGAACAUGGGAGCCUACACUUGUUCAGGCGUCCACCACUUUCAAUGGAUUUCAGCGACCGAACGCUAUCUACGUGAUCAGCAGAAAGAAUUGGGCAAGGAUUUCGUCUUCACCCAUCGUCUAGUUCGAGCGCACAGCUAUGCGUUGAUUAUUUAA